GUGCGUAUCUGGCUAUUUACGGCACCGAUUUAUAAGUAAAAAACUGUGACCGUUUUUUUCACAGCGUGCUCGAAGUCGGUGUGUGCAUCAUGGGACCUAAAAAGAAAACAAAUCUAUUUUAUGGUAAAGCUAAAUCUUAUUUAGUUUGUAAUUUUCCAAUACCAGCUCAUUUAAAUAUGGGCUGUAGAAAUGGACAUGUACUGCAUAUAUUGGCAACUAACAAUGAUUCAUACCAAGUAACUGUAGAACUAAUCAGUAAGUAUUUUAACAUCAACAUUUUUCCCAAUCAGAUUCUGCAAUUAGUUAAAAAAUCAAAAGUCUUUGUAAAAGGUUUUUCACGAAAUUCAAAACAAUUUAUUGACAUCUGCAACAUGCUCUUUGAAUACCAACCAACAACAUCUGCUGUGACUCAAACAUCACAGUUAAUCACAACCUCUAAUCACAUAGCUACGUGUUCUUCAUUUUUUUCUCAGCAAAUCGCUGUUUCGUCUCUAUCAAAUAGUGACUCUUCUCAAGAAUCAUUAUCCAGGUUGAGAGCUGACCUGGUUAGUCCCAGGAAAAAGAUUAUGAGAAAGAGAUUAACCAUUUUGGAAAACGAAAUCGCAAUUAAAAAGAGAAAACAUAAAGAAGAUCUUAAAGGUUUAAGAGAAAAGGCAAAGGCUAGACCAUACAGAUUAAAAUAUCUAAAUCAAGUUAUUGCUUGUAAGGAAAAGAUAAUUCAUCAACUUAGAAAAAAAUUAAAAGAACAUUUUUUAAAUAUACAGUUAAAAAAACUUCAAAAUCAAAUUUUUUAUUUGAAACUUUCUUCGAAACUUCGUGCUUGCAAAAAUAAAACAACUGCUCUGCUUUGUAAAAAGCCAACUGAUAUUCAAAACAAGUUGAUAUUAUGGGCUAUCUCUAAUGCCAGGAAAAAUCGAUUUACAAGUAUGCAAUGUCAUAAUGAACUGAAGUUAGAACUGCUAAAACGAAUAGUGGAUAAAAUUCAGAAAAGGGAGGACAAAGACCGCAGAAAGGUAGAAAAAAUAUUAAAAAGUUGCAUGCCCGAUCAGCUGCUAUUGGAAGAAGUAUUUGCCACAUGA